GACGUGUGCCGUCCUGCUGCGCGGGGUCAGGCUGUCGCGCAGUGCGUGGGCGUGCGCGUGACCGUGGGGCCCUGCGGCGUGCGUAGUCGGGUGGCCGGCUGGGCCUCCCUCUGGACGUGCAAGGUCCCUCCUGCUGCAGUGAGGAAACUUCACCAGGGCCAGAUACUUCUCCAUCACAUUGCUGCUUAAGCUGAUGCUGGAGUCCUUGGGAAGGCUGGGGAAGGGUCAAGCUGACUUGGCAUGAAGCCCCUGCCUUCCCGAGGCUGAGAGGGGCAUGGCCAUGGCUUCUCUGGAUGACCCAGGGGAAGUGAGGGAGGGCUUCCUCUGUCCUCUGUGCCUGAAGGAUCUGCAGUCGUUCUAUCAGCUCCAGUCACAUUAUGAGGAAGAGCACUCCGGGGAAGACCGUGAUGUCAAAGGGCAAAUUAAAAAUCUUGUCCAAAAAGCUAAGAAAGCAAAGAACAAGUUGUUGAAACGAGAAGGUGAUGAUCGAACAGAAUCAGGGAACCAAGGAUAUGAAUCAUUCAGCUAUGGAGGGGUUGAUCCUUACAUGUGGGAACCCCAGGAACUUGGUGCUAUAAGAAGUCAUCUUUCUGACUUUAAAAAGCAUCGUGCUGCAAGAAUUGACCAUUAUGUUGUUGAAGUUAAUAAGCUGAUAAUCAGGUUAGAGAAGCUCACUGCCUUUGACAGAGGGAAUACUGAGUCUGCAAAGAUUCGAGCAAUAGAAAAGUCUGUGGUGCCUUGGGUCAACGACCAAGAUGUUCCUUUCUGUCCAGACUGUGGUAGUAAGUUCAGCAUCCGAAACCGUCGCCACCACUGCCGCCUCUGUGGGUCUAUCAUGUGCAAGAAGUGCAUGGAGCUCAUCAGCCUGCCCUUGGCAAACAAGCUCACCAGUGCCAGCAAGGAUUCUCUGAGCACCCAAACCAGCCCCAGCCAGUCACCCAACAGUGUCCACGGCUCCCGCCGGGGCAGCAUUAGCAGCAUCAGCAGUGUUAGCUCAGUCCUGGAUGAGAAGGAUGAUGACCGGAUCCGCUGCUGCACACACUGCAAGGACACACUUCUCAAGAGAGAGCAGCAGAUCGAUGAGAAGGAGCACACGCCUGACAUCAUGAAACUCUACGAGAAACUUCGGCUUUGCAUGGAGAAAGUUGACCAGAAAGCUCCUGAAUACAUCAGGAUGGCAGCAUCGUUAAAUGCUGGGGAAACAACCUAUAGCCUGGAAGAUGCCAAUGAUCUUCGAGUAGAAGUGCAGAAAGUGUACGAGCUAAUAGAUGCUUUAAGUAAGAAGAUCUUAACAUUGGGUUUGAACCAGGAUCCUCCACCUCAUCCAAACUCUUUGAGGCUACAGAGGAUGAUCAGAUACUCAGCUACACUUUUUGUGCAGGAAAAGUUACUGGGCUUGAUGUCACUGCCAACUAAAGAACAGUUUGAGGAACUGAAAAAGAAAAGAAAGCAGGACCUGGAGCGGAAGAGGACCAUGGAGAGACAGGCUGCCUUGGAGUCUCAGCGAAGGCGUGAGGAAAGGCAGAGUGGCUUAGCAUCUCAUGCUGCUAAUGGGGAAGUGUCAUCUCUCCGAGGGGGCCCUGCCCCACUGAGAAAGGCUGAGGGCUGGCUUCCGCUGUCAGAGGGCCAGGGACAUAGCGAAGACCCUGACCCUCUCCUCCAGCAGAUCCACAAUAUAACAUCAUUCAUCAGGCAGGCCAAGGCUGCUGGCCGCACUGAUGAGGUGCGCACACUACAGGAGAAUCUGCGGCAGCUGCAGGAUGAGUAUGACCUGCAGCAGACUGAGAAGGCCAUUGAGCUAUCCCGGAGGCAGGCUGAGGAGGAGGACCUGCAGUGGGAGCAGCUGCAGAUGCUUCGGAAGCGGGAGUGGGAACGAGAGCAGGAACAGUUCCGGGCGGCAUCCCUCCACACACGGACUCGGUCCCUGGAUUUUCGAGAAGGCAUACCCUUCCAGCUGGAGCCCAGUCAAGGGCUUCGCACCCACCUUGCUUAUGCUUUGGAUCUGGGAUCCUCCCCAGUUCAGGGCAGCACAGCUCCUGAGACUGCUUCACCCAAUUCAGCUUUGGCAUCCAUCCAUGCGUGGUCUGGGCCCCCAGCCCUUGACCAAGAAUUUCUCCCCCAGAGCAUCAUGUCACAACAAAAUGCUAUGUCUUCCUUCAACCCAUUUGAUGAGGAAGACCUUUCCAGCCCCACACAGGAGCGUGCUGCCAGCCCUAUUGCUGCAGAGGCUUUCCUGGGCCCUCCAGCUGCUGUCCCUAGGGAGCACAAUCCUUUUGAGGAGGACGCUGAGGAGGAGGUGGCUACAGGGACAGGAAAUCCCUUCACUGACCCAGAUAGUCCAGCACCCAACCCCUUUGAUGAGGAAGAUGACACUCAUCUGAGGCCCACAAGCCCACCUGCCCCUGGAAACCCUUUUGAGGAACAUGACGACACCAAUCCCUUUGAGAUGGACACUGACAGUGGCCCAGAGGCUGAGGAACCCAUUGAGGAGGAGCUGCUCCUGCAGCAGAUUGACAAUAUCAAGGCCUACAUCUUCGAUGCCAAGCAGUGUGGCCGCCUGGAUGAAGUGGAGGUGCUGACCGAGAACCUGCGGGAGCUGAAGUCCACCCUGGCCAAGCAGAAGGGGUGCCCUGACUGACUAGCAGUGGGCAGGGGCCUGGUAGAGGCCUAGACAGCAGGACAAGGCAGAGUAUUGACAGGGACAGGGACAGAGCCAGGGUGGGAAGCUAGAUACUCACAGUUAGGAGUGGGAACCCUCAGUUUUGUGCUGUGCACUUUGAGGCAUUUGCACUGCAGUUGAAAAAUGACAGAACUAGAACAGGGAAAACGGUCAGCAUUCUCUUUCAGGCUUUUAUGCUUUUAUUUUUUUAAUUGAAGUUUUUCUCUUUUCAAAGAAACUUUACAUUUUUAUUUUUGAGAUUCAAUGCAUCUGUUGAACCAGUGCAGAAAUGGCUGCUGGGCAUCUCUUGGGCCACUUGCUACUGCUUGUUCUCAUGAUGCAGUAUUAGUAGGCAGCUCUUGACAGGGCCCUUCCUGGAGCCAGGACUGACAGGAUGGGCUCCAUGAGUCGUCCCUUCUGCAGCAGAAGUCUUUCCCCACUGGGCUCUGGGUUCCCUUUUACCUGCUCAGAGUUGCCUGCUAGGCAGUGCAUGGGAGGGGCUGCCCUGAAGGGGAAAGUCUAGGCCCCCAGAGGAGAUGGGGGGAGAGAUGUUUUGCCAUUGUGCUUUCCUGUCAUCUGAAAGAACUAACACUCCCAUAGCAGGGAUGUCAUUGUGAGUUUGAUCAUGAAAUAGGAGUAAAAAACUUUUUGGUGGACAUUAGUAUAGUUUGGGAGUUUUCCCCCAAGCAAUUGUCUUAGAUGGAAGGAAACCACCUUCCAGGGUUUUGGGCAGGAUGACUCUGUUCUGGGCUCAAUUCAAGGGCCUAAUGUAAAAUUCAAGAAUUGUGACUAGGAAGUGUCUGUGGACCAUCAGCAGGAGAGGGGAAGCUUCUGAGUCAGAAGAUAAAUUCUAAAAACUGCCAAGACUCUUUGAUUAGCCUUCUUCUCUGGUUUAUCCUGACCUGGGGCACUAGUAGGAUUUUUUUUUUUUUUUUUUUUUUUUUUUUUUUUUUACCACUUUCAGUAUUGAGAACCUGACUGUUUGAUGCAUAGCCUAUGAUCAUUCCACAGCCCUGAAGUACUUGAACUCUUAGGUAAGGGAUAGAAAAGGAAGCUGUUUUUGUAGUUUGGUGCUUUGAUUUAUGGGACGGUCCCUUAAUUGACACCUGGGAUCAUAAUAUCCAGGUGAGCCAGGCAUGGUGGCGCAGGCUUUUAAUCCCAGUACUCGUGAGGCUGAGGUAGGAAGAUCACUGAGUUCAAGGCCAGUCUAGGCUAGAGUGAGUUUCCUGAUCAUCCUGGGCUACUGUGAGACCCCGUCAAAACAAAAACAAACAUAAAUGACCCCUAAUACACAGAUGUGCUGAGUUCUGGGUGUUCUUCUUUAGUGACAUUUGUUAAUGGACAGUAAUCAACCACUAGUCACUUUAUCUCCCUUAACUAACUCUGGGCUAUGGCUUCCAUCGGUUAUUGGUGUGUGGAGUGAAAUUCUUUUGUCCCAUUCUGGUGAACACCCCUCUUGAUGAUGGGAAUGAUUCAUUUUGGGUGUAAAGACCUCCAUUUAUGGCAGCUUUCAUCUCAGUUCUUAGCACCUGCUGGGACUUUUGGCUACAUGAAAAAGUCCUGUAUUGGGGUGUAGGAGAGAUAUGGAGGACCUUUGCAUUUGAGUUCUGUUGACAAAUGUUUACAGGAUAGUAGGUUACCAGUGCCAGCCACUUUCCAGCCCUGUUGUUGUCACAGGCUGUCUUGGGAUGUGGUCAGCUGGGCAUCUUGAGAUGCUGCCUGGUGCAGGUCUCUUGUCUUCCUGACCAUGAUGCUGCUGUUGCAGGGUUCUAGGCAUAGCUGGUAUGCUCCUCCUGCUCAGGCUGUCUUUCCUUCCUGAAGAGGAGACAGCUUUCUGCACAUGAAGAAGCUGAAUGCUGCCUUCUGUUAUCAUUGCUUUUCUUAGGAGACUGUAUUAUCUGAUUAUCCACUAAAUGUACUCCUUCCUUAAAGUUAUUCCCAGCUAGCAAUCUGUAACUGGGAGCAUUGAGAAACACUUUUAGAUGUUGUUUUUCAAAACUCCAACUCACUGAAUAUACUAAACUCAACUAAAACCAGAUUCUGUGGGUUUCAUUGAAUUCUUCUGAGGCUGCAUAUUUUUUUUCAAAAAAGGUCAUUUCAUUCUGAUUAAAGGGUCAAUUAAAAUUAAAGGGUCAAAAGACAUUAGAAUUCUAAAUAUACACACAUCAGAAACAGGUACAAUCAGUUUCAUAAAACAGGUUCUACUGGAUUUUAAGUCACAGAUUAACCUCAACACAGUAAUAGUGGGGCAGUCUAGUGCACCACUGCCACUAAUAGGUAAGUCAUCCUGACCAAAAGAAAAAGAAAAGAAAGAACAGAAACGUCAGAGUUAAAUGAUAUCAUAAGUCAAAUGAAUCUAGCAGAUAUCUAUAGAACAGUCUUUCCAAAAGCUGUAGAGGAUGCAUUCUUCUCAGGAAACUUUUUCUUCAAAGGAUGACACAUUAGGACACAAAGCAAGUUCAACACAUACAGAAAAGUUGAAAUAACUUCUUACAUUUUACCUGACAACAGUGUAGUAAAGCUAGAAAUAAACAGCAAGGGAAACCAUAGGAAAUAUGCAAGAUCAUGGAGAUUAAGCAACAGAUCAUUGCAUACUGAAAUAAAGAAAUAAAGAAGAGUGGCUGCAUUCUUUAUUGAGUUCCUCCUGGCCGUGUUCUGAAAGUGAGGCAUGAUAGAACUGUUUCCUUUUGCUGCACCAUUUGCCAGAAUUCAUGCUGUCCCAGAGUUGUAAAGACAGGUUGAUAUAGAGAGAAGUUGGUCUAUGAGUUAUAACCACAGCUUCAACUUCUUAGCCUCAUGUAAACAUUUCAUAAAGUCUUUGGAACACAUAGCUCCACCUCAUCAGCUAAGGAGCAAGUUCUGGAUAUGGUGUUGAUAGAUCUCCCUAGUUACAGGGUGUGUUUAAUGAGGAAGAGACUUUGGGUCUUCAGGCAUUGAGUAAAGCUGGCUCUUUCUGUGGAAGCCUUGUUAGUGUCUCCUCUUUAAUACACUAAGGACCUUUACUCAGUGCACUGACCACUCUGUAUUUUUGCUGUCAGAUACUAAAAUGUACCUCUAAGUAAUCACAAGCUAUGUGAUAUGUUGGACAUUGGUAUAGUUAUGUGAUGGGAUUCAAACUGGGAAGCUGGUUUCUACUAGGUCACAGGCUAGAGGAGCAGGUCGUGCUGGACAUUUGACAGUGACUGUCUCCAAGGGUUUGUGACAUGCAUGCACUACUUUGGGGCCUUGUAUCAGCAUCUUUUAUUAAAAAAAUUAAAAUAACA